CUCCUUUCACUCGAAGAUGAAGGCUUUUGCGGCUCGGAGAAACCCUAAAUCGCCAAGUUCAGGGCCAAGGGGGGAAAAUGGCGGUGCCGCUGUUGUCGAAGAAGAUCGUGAAGAAGAGGGUGAAGAAGUUCAAGAGGCCCCAGAGCGACCGCAAGGUCUCCGUUAAGCCCAACUGGCGUAGACCAAAGGGUAUUGAUUCUAGGGUCAGGAGGAAGUUCAAGGGAUGCACACUGAUGCCAAAUAUCGGGUAUGGCUCAGACAAGAAGACUAGGCAUUAUCUCCCCAAUGGCUUCAAGAAAUUUUUGGUGCACAAUGUGAAAGAGCUCGAGGUGUUGAUGAUGCACAACCGAACUUACUGUGCAGAGAUUGCACAUGAUGUGUCCACAAGGAAGAGGAAGGAGAUAGUGGAGCGAGCUGCUCAGCUUGAUAUUGUUGUUACUAACAAGCUUGCUAGGUUGCGCAGUCAGGAGGAUGAAUGAGCUUUUCAAAUUAGGGAGUUUUAUUGAAUCGAAUUUAAAUGUUUUGUCAUAUUUUGAAUAUUCUCUUGUUGCCAACAAUUUAAUUUUGCUAGAUGAAUUGCUUUGGUCAUGUUCUUGAUCAGAAAUGUACUGGUGCUCUAUGACGGUGGUUUUGAAAAUUAAGCUUGCUCUUUAUGUUUGCAUAGUA